AGCCCUCUGAUCUUUGGCGCGGCUUCGUUCCAGGCCCACCAGUAUGCACGCAACAGGGUUCUACAGCCGCGCGCCACCCGCUCGUGGCGCCCUUGCAGCAGCGGCCCCAGCCACCCGCCUACCAGCGCGGCUAGCGGUCAGGGCAAGCGCCCAGAAGCAGCCUGCACCCCUCGCCAGCGUGGACGAUGCAAACAUCAAUCAGUUUUGCAGCCUGGAUGCCGACGGCAAGCGCAUAGCCCCCAUGACGCUCGGGGAGAAGGAGCAGGUCUUUCUGGAGGCUCUGUCGGCGUUUUACUACGAUGGAAGGCCAGCCAUCACAGAUGAGGAGUUCGACAUGCUGAAGGACGAGCUGGUGUGGUCGGGCAGCAAGGUUGCGGUGCUGAGCACCGACGAGCAGCGGUUCCUGGAGGCCCAGAUUUCGUACAACAAGGGCAAGCCUGUGAUGAGCGACACCGACUUUGAUGCGCUGAAGCUGAAGCUGCGUCAGUCGGGCAGCAUCAUCACGGCCGAGGGCCCGCGCUGCAGCCUGCGCAGCCGCACCAUGUACUCCAAUGCCGACCCAGACUACCUGCGCAUGACCGCCAUCAACAUCCCCGCUGCGCUGGUGGUUCUGGGCGGCGUGUUCAGCGUGGACGACUUGACAGGCUUUGAGAUCACGAAGCUGAUUGAGCUGCCGGAGCCGGGUGGCAUUGUGGCGCUCUGGGGCUUCCUGCUGCCCAUUGUGUAUGUGCUGGCUUCCAGCAUCACUAACGUCAUUUUCAGGGAUGCGCUCAUCCUGAAGGCCCCCUGCCCCAACUGCGGAACCGAAGCCGUGACUUACUUUGGCGACAUCCUGACCGUGGCCGGCAACCGCAAGACGAACGAAAUCAAGUGCAGCAGCUGCCAGAGCAGUCUGGUGUUUGAUUCUACGACGCGCGAGGUCAAGUGCGACCCUCCAGAGGCGAAGGCCAAGGCAGCAUGAACGGCCUUGCGGUCGCAUCAUUUCAGAUCAGUCAACUCGGGGUCUGUCCUGCGGGCAUGAGCAGCCCGUCCACCUGCCAUGUACAUCUACUUAUUUUUUAAUUCCCUCCAUGCCCAGAGUCACGGUGUUGCUGGCAAUCUUUUGCUAGUUGUAAACAGAUCUAUGCAGCUAUC